AUGAACGUACUCUUUAAGAAGGACGGAACUAUUGAUGGAAGAAGUCAGUUUGGAAGAUAUCUCAAAAAUAUUGGGAUUGAUUAUAGUGCUUUUACAAUAAAUGACUUUGUACCUCAAAAUAAUUAUGAUUAUCAAAACAAUUAUGUUCCUGAAUAUCCGAAUGGUUAUCAAAAUUAUCAAUCAAAUUAUGCUGCCCCAACUGUUAAAGAACAUAAAUCUGCAAUAAAAUUUUUAGAAUCAAAAGGUAUUUAUUACAAUCGAAAAGGUACAACUGAUUCAUCAGAUAUGUUACGUAAUUUGGAUCCAGAUGAAAUGUCAAGCUUAUCAUUCCAAUUCAAAAAUGAUGGAACUAUUGAUGGAAGAACUCAACUUGGCAGAUACCUUAAAGACAGAGGUUAUGAUUAUAAUGACUUUUCUAAUAGUCCAUAUCCAUCUGUUAGUUCAUAUGAUCGAUUUUCAAAUGUAACAACUCAGCCAGAACCAAAGCCAGCUACACCUACAGAAACGAAAGAAAAAGGAACAGAACAACAGACCGACUCUAUGCAAUCAGCUCAUAAUCAAGUACCAACAAAAGUUACUGAACAACCAAAAACAUUAAAUCCAGCACCAGUAACUUCACCAAUACAUCAAACGAAAAACACAAUUAAUUCUGAAACUUUAUCUCCAUCAGAAACAAGAGCAAAUGUUGCUGAUCAAACAAAUAAACAGCCUCAAAAGACAUCACCAUCAUUAGAUAAUUCAACAAAAGUUAAAGAAUCAGUAAAUCCAAUUAUAAAAUCGUCAAAUCGGCCUCCAAAAUCAACAUCAUCAGAUGAUAAUAAACCAAAAGACACCGAGAAGAUAAACGAAACAAUUCAAUCAACACAACAAGCACAUAAACAAGAAUCCUCAUUAAAUACGAGAUCAGCUAAACAAGAAACAAUUUCUCAAGUCCAAACAUUACCUCAGAAGCAACAUGCACAAGAAUUAGUAUCAUCAAUAAAUAAUAAAUUUACUAAUGAAGCUAAAAAGCCUUUGCUUCAAGCACAGUAA